CCAAAGGUUUCAGUUACAGGAAUGCAACCUUUUCUUUAUCCCCAUCAACACAGGAUCAGGAUACAGGAUAUCAUAAGGAUAGGAUAUCAUAAAUUCAGUUUCGUUUAUCAGGAAACGCACCCCUUCUCUUCUGCGUCACUUCUCGGAUGGGUAUAAAAAAGUGAAAUAAAACGACUCACACACUUGUGCACCACAAAGAACUGAAGAUGAAACUUCUCCUCCAGGUCAUCCUCACUUGUGCAGCCUUCUCUAAAGGUUAUCCACUUAAUUGCUACGAAUGUAUACCUGGCUCAAAUGGAAAAUGCACAGAGACCACCAAAACUUGUCCGUCUGAUCAAACCAAAUGUGGAAGUAUGACUACGACUGUGUAUAUAGGAAAUUCUGUGUUGACUGAAGCAUCAGCAAAGUCCUGUGCAAAACCUCAAGAAUGUACCUCUGGUUCCAUCAAUUUUGGAGUCACCAGGACAGCAGUGAACACUGAGUGCUGUAACACUGGCCUUUGCAACUCUCAAAACACUCCUGCAUGGUCAAAAAAUGCCCCAAAUGGAAAGCGGUGCUUCACCUGUAAUGGCAAUGACUGCACAUCAAUUCUUAACUGUGUUGGAGAUGAAAAUAGUUGCCUCAAGACCACUGUUUCUGCACAGGGUGGGGUGGUGACCAUGAAAGGCUGUGUGUCCUCAAAUAUUUGUGCUGCUGCCAGUGACUUGUCAGCACAACUUGGCCUAGGCGUUGGUGUCAGCAUGAACUGCUGUGAAGGAAACCUGUGCAAUGAUGCUCGGCGCACCAUGCAGAGCAUCCUCCUCCUGCUAGUGCCUCUGGUCUCUACUGUCCUCAUCCAGUGA